AUGGCACCCAAUAUACGAUUAAAAGGACCCAAGUCAGCAGGAAGUAAUGUGUCAUUUUCUACUGAGUGUCAUAUUUAUAAUGGGAGACAAAUUCAAAAGUUUAAUGUUCUGGUACGGCUUCCAUCAAAAGUACUAGGGUCGUUGGCCUAUCCAUUUACCAAUCGCAAUGAAACCGACCCUCCAGUAACGGAGAAACAAUCCAAAGACAACACUGACGAGAAAAUAAAGCAUGAAUAUGAGGAUAGUGACAGUGAUCUUUCUUCAUUAGAUUUGGAAUUGAAUAAAGCACUAUCUUCAUCGAACACCUUACCAUCGAGUGAGAUUACACACAAGGCUCCAUCUACAAGUCAAGGAACACAAAUCAUAAGCAAAAGUGAUACAAACGAGGUGGAAGAUAAGUCUGCGGGCUAUAGAAUAAUACCCAAGAAUCUCAUAUCGAUAAUAAAGAAAGAGCUCGGAGACGUGGGAGAUACAGACGAUGAUUUGGGUAUGAUUGAAAAAAUGGUGUUUACGUUGAAAGACCCCUUAUCGGCCAGCAAGAUUGGUUUACCGGUGAAAUCAAACUUGUGCCAUCAUUUCGAAUGCUUUGACUUCGAAAACUUUUGCAUUUUUAAUAAAAUACCUACUGGGGUGAAAAACUUGAUCAAAAAGGACCUAGCGAAGCGUAAUUUGGAUUUGAAAAAAUUUGAAAAGCUGUCCAAGUUGAACCUCACAGGCUACACUAAAUACGAGGGCCCUGCUGCCACCCCCAGCAAUCCAUUGAACGUCAUUCAAUUCCCUUCAUUCACCCCAUCUAUAAAAAACUACAAGCAGCCCUUUGCCCAGCCCAAAAUCCCCACCUACAAGUGCCCCGUCUGCAACGUCAGCUUCGCAUUAAAUCAGUUGUACAUUAGUGACGUAUUCAAUUUCUUCGUCAAAACAACCCCCAAGCAUAUCGACCGUAUUGAACUUAUGGACAUGGUCAAGUACAAAAUAAUCGACGAUUCCAAGGCCAAUUGGCCCACCACCAGGUCCCGAGUCUCCCAUGAGCCCGAAGAAGUUGUUAUCCUCUCUGACGACGAUGACGACGACCCCCCUGCACAACCCUCCAUUCGCCAGCACGAAAACACGCAAAUCGACCCCCAAAUGCUAGAAUCCACCGAUGAUGUCUUCAACGAUGGCUUGGAUAACGAAUUAUUGCGUUUAUCCAACCUACACGAGCAUGCAUCUGACGGUUAUAAAGGAAGAGGUAGUUGGGAGGAUCCUGUAACUUUAGAUUAG